AUGGAUAAGCUAAAAACGGUGUAUUUGGAUUCGGCCCUGAGCAUAAUAAAGGGGGCCCUGUGCGUCAUCCUGCAGAUACCCACCAGCAGGACGACCGAAAGUGUGAAAAAAAAGCAAAACAACAAUGGCGUGCUGACCGUGAGGUCCAUCUUGAUGGAGCCGACGAUCAGCCAGUACGACGACAUAAAGAAGCUGAUUCGGAACAAAAUCCAAGAGGAGGUCCCCUUCUACAACUACCAAAUGAAGAGGACCCUUGCAGAAACGAUCUACGGAGAUUGCAUAUAUGAUAACUUUGGGCUCUCGAAGGACAUCAGCGAGGUGAACCUGAUAGCUCUGGAAGAGUGGAACAUUAACUGCAACAGAAAUAGAGUCCUGCAAAACACAGGCUUGAUAAAGGACAUCCAGAUAAACGAAUUUAAAUAUUUAACAACGAAGGAAUCGUUGGAAGUUCAUUUUGCAGUGAACCCCAAGUACUCAUUUGAAGAGCUGAGUGGUAUGUAUAAAAGUGAAAAGAGUCUUACGGAUUUUUUGCUAGCUCCAAUUGUUAAGGUUUACACAUCAGGGGAGGAAAGUGGUGCAAAAGGGGAGGCCCCCACCAGUGAGGAUUUUGCGUACGCCCAUGUAGAUGACAUUCUGCAAAAGAAUAAAGUGCUCCCCCCAUCGGGGGUUGAAAAUGUGAAUUACGAAAGGUCCAAAGAAGUGACCCCUUGGGAUGUGAACAUAACGGAAGAGGGAAUUAACUACAACAAGUUGAUAAAAGAAUUCGGCUGUUCCAAAAUUACGGAGAGUCAUAUUAAGAGGAUAGAGCAGCUGACCAACAGAAGAGCUCACCAUUUCAUCCGACGGGAAAUAUUCUUCAGCCAUAGGGAUUUGGAUUUUUUAUUAAAUUCUUAUGAACAGCACAAAUGCUUUUAUAUAUACACUGGUAGGGGGCCUUCUUCCCUAUCCAUGCAUCUAGGCCAUUUGAUCCCUUUUUAUUUCUGUAAAUAUCUGCAAGACGCUUUUAACGUCCCUUUGGUUAUUCAAAUGUCCGACGAUGAGAAGUUCCUGUUCAACCAGAACUACUCCCUAGAAUAUAUUAACACCUUGACGAAGGAGAACGUGAAGGAUAUAAUCGCAGUUGGGCUCAACCCAGAGCUGACUUUCAUUUUUAAGAAUACCCAAUAUGCCGGCUACCUCUACCCAACGGUUUUAUCUAUUCAUAAGAAGACAACCCUAAAUCAGAGCAUGAACGUCUUUGGCUUUAACCAUUCGGAUAAUAUAGGCAAAAUUUCCUACCCCUCUUUUCAGAUUGCCCCUUGCUUUUCUCAGUGCUUUCCGCAGUUCCUCCCCCCCAAUAUUCCUUGCUUAGUUCCGCAGGGCAUUGACCAGGACCCCUACUUCCGGCUCAGCAGGGACAUCGCGGUGAAAAUGGCUCUACACAAGCCCGUCGUUGUGCAUUCCGUGUUUAUGCCGGGGCUCCAGGGUGUGAACACCAAGAUGAGCAGCACGAAGAAGAAGGACGAGAAGGGGAAGGACGCGGCCGGACAGAAUAGCACCCCUAAGGGUACCGCCAGCAAUAGCGCCAAGGAACACAACAACAGCGUUAUUUUCCUAACGGAUACCCCCGAACAGAUCAAAAAUAAAAUUAACAAGUACGCCUUCAGCGGGGGGGGGGCCACCAUCGAGGAACACAGGGAAAAGGGGGGCAAUUUGGAGAAGGACAUUUCGUACCAAUAUUUGAGGUACCUCAUGGAGGAUGAUGAAAAGUUGCACGAAAUUGGAGAGAAGUACAGACGGGGAGAAAUGCUAAGUGGGGAGCUCAAGAAGAUUCUCAUCGAGGUUUUAACCGAGCUAAUACAGAAGCACCAGCAGAGGAGGCAGGCCCUCACGGAGGCGGAGAUCGCCUAUUUUUUUGACGCCCACAAGCCCGGCUUGAGCAAGUUCAGGGGGGCUUAGCGGUUGAGUGGUAAAGCGGUUGAGCGGUUGAACGGUUGAGCGGCGCAUUGAGAGGUGUAGCCGAGAGAAUUUACAGACACUCCUGCGAUUGCGCGUCUCCCCAUUCGCAUCAACUCCUAACCAGGUGACCACUUCUAACCCACACGUCGGAGGACCCCCGGGUGUGUAUCCUGCAAAACUGCCUCCCCCAACCCGCCCUCACUGUACGUAUAAGCGGAUGCGACGCAGAAUUGGAGAGGCACAUGGAGGGGAAGCUGCUCUCCCGCUAUGCCUUUGCAACCGGUUUGUCAAUUUGCCCAUCGGUUUCGCGCUCGCCGGGGCGAUCCCAUGAUUGUACUUUAUUGUACGUUAUUAUACAUUAUUUUAUUUUUCUUCAUUUUGAUUUAUUCCACUUUGCUUCACAUUGCGGCGCCUACUUUGCUGCGCCUAUUUUAGCGCACCUUCGCGCGCCGCUAAUGGGGGAGGCCUAGCGGCACCAGUUUGAAUCCCCCCACCUUUACUCAGCGGCGCAUGGGGCUGCUUAGCCGUUGUUACCGCGUCGCCAUUUUCUUCCCUCACUUAGCUGUGACUUAGCUGUGCAUAGGGGGGGCAAGGCAACUUUCCUUCGCAGGCGAACGGAGGUUUUCCCACGUUGACGAAUGGUUAAAAUUAAGGCGGUGGGUG